ACCAGUCAAUUAAUUUUGUGAACAGGUGAAUUCGGGUAACGUAGCAGUGUUUUACACCCGGAUUAACAGUAUUUUGCUGGAAAUCUGGACGGAACAAAAAUGAAACAAAAGGAUAACUGCCUCAGAGAAGCUUCAGUGAUUCAUCUGCAGGAGUAAUUGUGGUGUUAGUCGAAUUUUCGUCAAAGAAUUUUCAGCUCUUUUCGUGCAAUAAAUUUUGCAAAAAUAAAACUGCCUGCAAAAAUGGUGAAGGGUUUUCUGAAGAGCUCGGAGGGUAUUUUUCAACUCUCUCCUGGAGUGACAGUUAUAGGAAGAGAAAACUGUGACCUUGUGAUUGAGUCGCCCACCGUAGAAGUCCAGCAUGCCGUCAUUGAGUACAGUGACAGUGAGUCCUGCUACGUUCUGCAAGAUCUGAACACAGCGCAUGGGACGUAUGUCAACGACUGCCGGGUCCAGAAUGCCGCCGUGCGAUUGGCUCCUGGUGACAUCAUCCGGUUUUCCUAUUCCGGGUUCCCAAUGGAGCUGGACGUGGAAGACGCCCCUCAGCAGGUGUCCUACCCACCAGUCCAGCAGCGUCCAGCCUGGAGCUCCCCCUUACAGGUCAUCAACACCCGCAUCCCCAUCACGGGCACCCAACAGCAGCAACAACUGCCCCACCUUGCCAACCUCACCGACUCCGCCUACCCGGCCGGCAGCGGCCAGUCACAGCUGCCCUUGAUUCCCACGGCCCCGCCUGCUGCCACCCAGUCUCAGUCAACCUGGGCCACGCCUACCACCACGGCCAACGUGGUCAUCCCGAGACCGCCCAGGCCUCGACCCAGCAGCGCUGGGACACGCAGGGGUAGCAGUGGCAGCCCGAUCGUCAAUAACAGCCCCACGAACAGCCCUCUGCCUCCAAGAAGAGUGACCAGUGGUUGGGUGAGUACGGCCGGAGCCAGGACAGUGGUCACUUCACAGCAAGGGUCGGGCAGCCCGGGGACCCGGGCAUCCCCAGUCAACGAGAUGGUAGUACUGCACGAAAAGGAGCAACGUCUGUUACGCAUGGGCGACGAGAUCAACCGCCUGGCCGUCUUCGAGUCUGAAUCCCUCCGCAAGGAUGGCGUCAUCGCCCAGCUGAGGGAUGAGAUGGAAGCCAUGGCUGCCGAGCUGCAUCAGGGCGUCAGACCCACGGCGAGAGGGGACGCCAACAGCCACACCGUGGCCCUGCAGACCAGGGUGAAGGAACUGGAGGCUGAUAUACACAAGAAGCAGCUGGAAAUCAACGCACUCAAAGAGCAGAUGACAAAAAUGCGUCCGGAGAGUUCCGAUCCCAUGGAGAACGUGGCCAACCUGCGCAGCUCCCUCAUCCAGAAGGAGCGGGAGCAGACCUCCCUCAAACAAGAAAUGGAACGGACCAAGAAGGAGAAGACCACAGCAAAUGGGCUGGUGACCACACUGCACAGGGACAUGGCCAACCGGGACAAUACCAUUUGCCGGAUGAGGGGGGAGCUGGAGAUUGUCAAGAGAGAGUUGAGGGAGAAGGAGGUGUCGCUCUCAGCCAUGACAGCCAAGUUGAUGGAUUCGGAAGUCGGUAAUACUCGGCUGCGAGACGAGCUCUCGCGCAAGGACCGCGAGGUUCUUAGGAGCACCGAUAAACUGCGAUCGUCUGAAACUCGGGUUGGCGAGCUGACACAUGAGAUGGAAUCUUACAAGCAAGACAUUGAGAAGCUGAAGAAACACAUCGAGGAAGAAAAAGAGAUGGAGGAGAAGUAUAGAUCGGAGCGAGACCAUGCUAAGGCCCAGUUUGCUGAAAUGCAGCGACUGGAGAAGACGUCCAAGAGCGACGUUGAGCAAAGUCAGAAGAGGCUUGAGCGGUUCCGGACCCGCAUCAUGCAGACCACCUUCUCUGCGCCAGGCUUCAAGAUGCCGGACCCAGACUCAGCCGUCAGCGACGACACCAUCGUGGAGACCAUGACCAAGCUGAUCGAGGACCGGACGGAUGGCAAGAACAAACUCCGUGAGCUGAAGGAGACAAACAAGGCGCUGGAAGCCUACAAGAAGGACUCCAAGACCAACUCCAAGACACUCAAACAGCAGAUGGUGGCACUGGAGAAACGUUUGCAAGAGGGAGGGCGGACCUGUACUCACCUGCGCAACGAGAUCAAGCUCCUGUCCUCCGUCACCGUGGACGAGAGCCUGCAGGGCGUCAAGGACACGGUCGCUAUGAUGCUGCAGGAUGAGUUGGCAUGGCAACAGGAGUAUGAGGGCACACUGGAGAAGUGCGGUAUCGACGCGGCCACGCCCGGAAAAGGUCUUGCAGCAUUCAUCGAGGACCUCAAGUCUAAGAAGGAGAGCGCUCAGAAGGAAGCUGCCGACGUCCAGUCCAAAUUUGACAAAUUGGAGAAGACGCUGAAGACAGAGACGGGACAGGAGGUGACUCGGCUCAAGACGGAGUAUGAGACCAAGCUGGCUGAUGUGCUGGAGAAGACUAGGCUGGAAGCUGAGAAUAAACUGCAGACGUCUCUGGAGAAACUCCGUCAGGAGGAAGCUGCCAAGAGAGAGAAUGCAGUCAAGGCCGAGCAGGAACGGGUCAAACAACAAGAGGCCAACCUACAAGAGCUCAGACAGGCUUUGACAGAGAAGAAUUCAGAUGAGGGAAGGCUGCUAGUUCUGGAGAGGCAGCUUGAGACUAGAGCAAAGGAAUUCACUGCGACAGAAGAGAAGCUGAAAGUAGACCUGUCGGCCUUGCGGGAGAAGCACCAAUCGGAAGUCAGCACUUUCCAAGACAAGCUGACGGCAUCGGAGGACCAGCACAGCAAGGAGACGGUGGCUCUCAGGGAGCAGAUCAAGCAGCAUUCCCUGACCAUCGUCAGCCUGGAGGAUAGGAUCGUCAAGUCUGGCAAGGACCUGGCCGUGGGACAGGCCAAGGUGGUGGAGCUGCAACAGAAACUCGCUGAGCAAACUAGGAAGGCCCAGGAGAUGCUGUUGAAGUUCCAGCAGCAGGCCAGCAAGCCGGAAAUCCCGCCCAAACCCGUCAUCAUCCAGCAGCCUGCUGCUGACGUCAAGGGCAUGGAGCAGCUGAUUGGCUUACUCAAGAAAGACAACAGCAACCUGAAGAAGGAGUUGCAGGACCAGCAGGACAUCAUCCUGGGCCUGCGGCGAGACCUGGCCGGCGCCGCGGCCAGAUUGUCGGACAUGACCGGCGAGCUGAACGAGCGACAGAAAGAGGAACUGGAGAACAACCGCUUGCUGGUCCGAGACCAGGAGGCCGAGCUGACCACCCAGCGGCAGCAGCUGGUCAAGCUGUCGGAGCUGGUGGACAAGAAGACGGCCGAAACUGAGCGAUUGGUCAAGGAUCUGGCUGCUCAGAAGGAGUUUGUGUCCAAGCACAAGCAAGACACGUUGAUGAGAGGAGACGAGCUGGCUAAGCUGCAGCUCCAACUGGGCCAGGAACAGGAGAACAGCAAACGGGCCCUGGAACAGGUGCAGCAAGAGGGUAUGAUCACCAGCGAGAUGUCUGCCUUCGGAGCCCAGUGUAGGGGAGAGAGACACGAGCAGGUUAUCGCCAGACAACGAGAGGCCCUGGCAGAGCUGAGAUCACGCAUCAAAGGAAUUGAAUCCAACAGACCACCACUGCCGACCCAAGACCAGGCCCUGCAGCAGGUCAUCCUCCUCAAGAAAGAGCUGGCCGAGAUGCGAGCCAAGCAGGCCCAGAUUAUGGACCAGAGCCAGCCGGGAGGGAUGGGUGGAGGCGGGGCUAACCCGGAGGCCGUGCUGGACAGGGAGGUGGCCAAGGCCCGGGGCCAGAUCUCCACGGCGUCUUCAGAUGCGGCCAUCGAGAGGAGCGCUCGCAUCGAGAUGCAGCAGGGUCUGGAGAUCAGCGAACAGGCGUACCUCAAGCUGACCCAGUCGGUGGCCAACCUCCUGAGCCUGGGCGAGGUGGCUGGCCAGGAUUCCAUGGGCCAUCUCCCCAAGGACGAGCGAGACAGGCUAGCCGAGGAACGAGCCAACACCCAGGAGCUGAUCGCCAGCCGGCUGCGGACGCUGAACCAGCGGCUUGAUCGCAAGGACGAGCUCCUGAAGGACUACGAGAAGGACCUGGAAAAGCUGCGAUUGGCCGAGCGGCUAGCCAAUGAGAAGGCGACACAGGUGGAAGCACUGGCUAAUGAUCUUCGCGGCAGGACAGAAGAGGCUCACUACCUCCGGGAGACGUUGAGACGGACUAGGGAGGGGCUUGACCAGGAGAAACGGCUGAACCGAGCCAUCAAGAACAAAAAGACGUUUCACUUAGAGAACGAUGCCAAAAACAGCAAGCAGACGUGGCCUAAGCACAACUGCUACGAGGACGAGGUGACCAAGAUGAAGAAAGACUCAAAGAAGAAAACUCAAAAGGAGAAGAUGCUUCGGAAGAGCUACGAACUGGAGAGUCUUAAAGCUGAAUUAAGUGAGAAGGAUCAACAGCUGUGUGACACAACAGCCAAGCUGAUCAACUUGGAACACGCUGUGGCAAUCAGCUGAGCUUGAAAACGGACCGUUCCAUUUCUGGGAUUAGGGGAGGACAGUAAAGCACUGAUGCAGCAAUCGAUGAGUAUUAUGCAAAUAUGCACUAAGCCUUUACAAUCUGUAAAUAUGUCAGAUUCAUAAACAUUAUGAAAAGUUAGAUACAUUUUUAUGAAUUAUUAAAGUUAUUUUGGGGUUUAAAAGAAAAGUACAGAUUCUUUUGAAAGGUGAAUGCUAGGUAGAAUAGAGAAAAUCAAAUUUGAGAAAUAUAGUAAUGCUUGUUUCUUUUGGUAAAGAUGGAAUUUUUGCUUUCUUUGUAAAUUUGUAAGUGAUGUCAAUGUUGAGAAAAAAGUAUUGCAGAAUUAUCUUCAGAGGUAAAACACAAAUUCAUUCAUUCUUUUACCUUUGGCCGCUUUUGAUUGUAAAUAGCUAUGUAAAUCAAAUAGGAAACAAAUUGUUUGUGCUAAAAAUCAAGUUAUAGAGUAAAUUAAUUUAAUGUGAGCUUUUUCUCAAAAAAAGGACUACAUGUUUUCUUCAAUUCGUACUCGCACGAAAUUUGAUAUGCACGAAAAAACACACAUAGAUUAUGCUUUAAUUUCACAAUCAUGGUCUGUAAAAUAUUUUUAUCCUGAACUUUUCCACAUUUUUCGGUGCAUGCUGUUUCUAACAAGUAAAUACUCUAUCAAAUUUGAUUCAUGUCGGAAAAAGGUUUAGACAAAUCUACGCAAAGAAUCAGAGUUAACUUUAAUAUAAAAAAAAAGUUUUGAGGAGUUUCUUUAGUUCACCCUCAAAAACUUUUGAAACUUGAAAUAAGAAAAGUUGUGCGCACUGGAAGAUAGGUAUUUUAUAAAUACACUUUCUCAUGUUCUUUUUUUCACAAUAGGCUGAAAGUUUGUACUGUAAUUCCGCAAUGUGUGUUUUUGAUGUUUGUAAAUAGAUAAAGCGUAAAGCCCAAAUUGUAAAUUUAAAAAAGGCUUUUUUAAUGCUGUUGGAAGAUAUGUUAAUGUUAGUGGGCAUUGACAUUCAAAACUAUUUGCAAUUGUACCACACAUACUAAAGACAAGUUUCUACAAAAACUUGUUUUCUACAAAAACUUGUCAUGGCAGUGCGCUGGUCCCUGAAGCAAGAUGAAAAAAAAAUCCAAUCCGGGGAAGUUUGGCAGCGCUACCCAGAUAAUCUGAGCAUACCUCAUGCGCGUGAAUGACCUUGAAUACAAUAGCGUGCAAAAACUUGUCAUGGCAAUGCGCUGGUCCCUGAAAGCAAGAUGAAAAAAAAUCCAAUCGGGGGAAGUUUGGCAGCGCUACCCAGAAAAUCUGAGCAUACAUCAUGCGCGUGAAUUACCUUAAACACAACAGCGUGCAAAACUGUAUACAUUCUCCAAAUCAUGGAGCUACAGUCGAACACCUUUGUAAUAAGGUCCAUGGGACUUCACAAAUUACCUUGUUAUAACAGGCACCAUGUAUUAUUACAGUAAUGGAAAACAAAGAAUAACAAAGACCUGGGAUCUGAAAUGAAUAAACAGUGCUCUUCUUAUCAGGGUUCGACUGUAUUUAAAUAAUGGACAAGAUGGCGGUUUUCGAAUUCCCUUCUAUUUUUUAGUGCAAUGUGAGUAAAUAAUUAUGAAGUAGCAUUUUGUGUUAGUCGGUUCACAAUCUUCUCGGAUCUUAAAUCAUGAGGCUUCUGUCAGUAAAAUGCUGUUAUUGAAAUUUA